AUGCAUGUGGGCAGUGUGGUAAGUGCAUUUUUUUAUGGAAUUGAAAGGAUAGCAGAGGCUAUAGAUGGAGUGGAGCCAUAUGCAAAGGAGGUGAUGCAGGGAUGGAACAAUACUGUGUAUGUGAAGAAUGUGGAAAGAGAGAUAAGGAAGAUGCCAUUUCCAUUGUUGAUUCAGCAGCUUAGCAGUAUAGAAGAAUUUGUGCUUGAGAGGGGAGGAAGCGUCUAUGUGAUCAGGCCGUUUAAGUCGAUCCGGAUAGAAUCUAGCAAUGGCCGAUGGAUAUUUGGCAAAUUUUAUGGAAUUGAAAAUGCAGCAAAUGAUGAGGUAGUAGUGAAGUAUUUUGUGCAAAAGUGGGAAGGAGAAGUGGAAAUGUACGAUAGUAUUAAGGUUGUGUUUACGCCGUCUUUAGGAGAUGCCAGGGUGGAGAAGGUGUAUAGUGGAAGAUCUGAGCUGUGUAUAUUGCGGGUUCUGACGCCUAAGCUGAGUACGAAGCAAGAAAUAAGGAUGAUGUCGAUUUAUGUUUCGAACGACAAUGAAGAGGAGGGAUGCGAAAAGCACUGGAUGGAUUGCUUGGGAUAUGAGCCGAGGGAUGGAAGUAAUAAUGAAAUGAUCAAACAGGAGCUGAGGAUGUUUGAGAAAUCUGACGAUACAAGUCAGCAAGAAGAAGAGAAUAUAGACACAUUGUGA